AUGUCGGCCGAGCGCGCAAAUAAGAAAGGCCUCAUCCUCGCCGUCAACGCGGGGUCGUCAUCUCUGAAGAUUUCGCUCUUUCGACUUGCAGAUGCCUUCGUGAAGAGCAGCCGCCUUCAAUCUGGCAUCGAGCCAGUGGAGUUGAUCCUGACGUACUCUAUCACGAAUAUCACAGCGCCGCCAGCAAAGGUUUCCCUUUCUUUUGCUUCUGACGCCUCCCAGAAGCCCAUCAAGAAUCAGGAAGUCGAGGGCGUGAAGGAUCAUUCUAGCGCGUUUGAGCACUUCCUGAAGAGUCUGAAGGAGCGAGGCAUUAAGCAGGAAGAGAUAGUAAAUGUAUGCCAUCGUGUCGUACAUGGAGGUGAUUACUAUGAGGCCGUGGUUAUCUCAGACAAAACAUACGACCAUAUUGAACGUUUGACGGACUUAGCGCCACUGCAUAACGGCUCUGCUCUAUCGGUUAUACAAGCAUGCAUCCAACAGCUUCGCAACGCGAACUCGAUCGCGUACUUUGACUCCUCAUUCCACAGGACGAUGCCAGAGCAUAUAACCAGCUAUGCCGUUAACCCCAAGGUGGCAAAGGAACGAGGGUUGAAGAAAUACGGCUUCCAUGGCCUGAGUUAUGCAUUCAUUCUGAGGACGGUAGCUAACUAUCUCGGGAAGCCCGAAUCCCAGACGAACAUAAUAGCGGUUCACCUCGGCUCUGGCGCAUCUGCCGUGGCUAUCCGCAAUGGGAAGUCACUCGACACUUCUAUGGGUCUAACGCCACUGUCUGGUCUACCUGGAGCCACCAGGUCCGGGAUGGUCGACCCAAGUCUGAUUUUCCACUACACCAACAAAGUGGGGAGGAUGUCUCACAAGAAAGAGUAUCAAGCUGGCGUGGGCGUGACUGAAGCCGAAGAAAUCUUGAACACCCAAUCUGGAUGGAAGGCAUUGACGGGUACGACGAACUUUGCUGAGAUCACGAGCUCGGAUGCGCCCUCUCACAAGCUGGCGUUCGAGCUCUUUACCGAUAGGAUCCUGGAUUUCAUCGGUGCCUACUUCGUGAAGCUCGGCGGAGACGUGGACGCGCUAGUCUUUGCAGGCGGAAUAGGGGAGAAGAGCAAGGAACUGCGCGAGGCAGUCGGCAGAGGAACCGAGUGUCUGGGACUUCGAGUGGAUCCGGAGAAAAACGGUAAAGUCGAGGAUGACGAGGACGCCGUCGUCGUGGAUAUUGGUGUCGCUGCGAAGGGGCAGCCGAAGAGGGUUCUGGUCUGCAGGACUGACGAGCAGUUUGAAAUGGCUCGGGAAUGCGCUCUGAGCGAGAAGUUCUGGGAGUGA